CGCACGUCUUCAUCCAUGUCUCACCAGUGCUGCCCCGUGUCUCCAGAGGGAGCCGCAUUCAUUACCAUCUCAGCUUUGGGUUACUAAAUGGUUUUCUGGGGGAGGAUUUCUAACCGGCGAGAUGCUGCUCGUUCUCCUGCUGGCAGCCUUUUCUUCUUACAUCUCCGGCUCCCUCUCCUCCUCCCUAUCCUCCCCUUCCAUGUUGGACGGACUCCCGAUGGCAGACCCGUCUGCCUCAGAUUUGAUGGCUGAGACCUGCAGCGCCUGCUCCUGUAUGUCGGUGGAAAAUGUUCUGUAUGUAAACUGUGAGAAGAUCACUGUCUACCGACCCACACAGCUCAUCCCUCCAGCCUCGUCCCUCUAUCAUCUGAACUUCCAGAACAACUUUUUAAUCAUACUCUACCCAAACUCCUUCCUCAACUUUACCCAUGCUGUGUCACUGCAGCUGGGGAACAAUAAACUGCAGAACAUCGAAGGUGGAGCAUUCAUGGGCAUGAGCGCAUUGAAACAGCUGCACUUGAACAAUAAUGAAUUGAAGGUGCUUCGAGCAGACACUUUCCUAGGGAUAGAAAACUUGGAAUACCUUCAGGCCGACUACAAUUUGAUUAAGUACAUUGAAAAAGGAGCUUUUAACAAACUACACAAGCUAAAAGUGCUGAUCCUGAAUGAUAAUCUCAUACAGGCACUUCCUGACAACAUAUUUCGCUUUGCUUCGCUCACACACCUGGAUAUAAGGGGUAACAGGAUCCAGAAGCUUCCUUAUUUGGGGGUUCUGGAGCACAUAGGGCGCAUUGUAGAGCUGCAGCUGGAUGACAACCCCUGGAAUUGUACCUGUGAUUUAGCACCUCUCAAGGCAUGGCUUGAAAACAUGCCCUACAAUAUUUUUAUCGGCGAGGCCAUAUGUGAAACACCAAGUGACUUGUAUGGGAGGCUCCUGAAAGAAACCAACAGACAGGAGCUUUGCCCCAUGGGAACAGGAACUGCACUGCCUGAUAAUGGGCAGUUGCCCUCCAAAAUGUCCCCAACUGUCAUAGCUCCUAUAGCCACUAAAACACCAAAAACCACUGACUCAUCUAAGAUUUAUGGUAAUGGUAUUGUUGCUGGUUUGCCCCCUUUUGGAAGAAAUAGCCAGAUAGUUUCCUUCCAGACACGGACCCCUCCAUUGUUGUGUCCACAGCACUGCAGUUGUAAAGCUCACCCCUCUGACUUUGGCGUUAGUGUCAGCUGUCAGGAGAGGAAUAUUAAAAAUUUAGCCGAUCUCAUUCCCAAACCCCCAAAUGCCAAGAAACUUCACCUGAGUGGGAAUUACAUUCGUGACAUAAGCCCAACUGAUUUCCAAGGGUUUGAGGGUUUAGAUUUGCUACAUCUUGGCAGUAAUCAGAUUGUCACAGUCCAGAAAGGUGUGUUUGCUAACAUCACUAACCUGAGGAGACUGUAUCUGAAUGGAAACCAGCUCGAACAGUUGCACCCAGAGAUGUUUUUGGGCCUCACAAACCUACAGUACCUGUAUUUGGAAUACAACGCCAUAAAAGAAAUCUUAGCUGGUACAUUUGACUCCAUGCCGAACCUACAACUCCUGUAUCUUAACAAUAAUGUGCUGCGGAGUCUCCCUGCCUACGUGUUUGCAGGUGUCUCUUUAGCUAGACUGAAUCUGAAAAACAAUCACUUCAUGACCCUGCCAGUAAGCGGUGUCUUGGACCAGCUGCGGUCACUGACCCAGAUAGACCUGGAAGGGAACCCAUGGGAGUGUUCCUGUGAUCUGGUCGCCCUUAAACUUUGGCUAGAGAAGCUAAGUGAUGGAGUGGCUGCCAAAGAGGUGAAAUGUGCCUCCCCUGUGCAGUUCGCCAACAUUGAGCUGCGCCUGUUGAAAAAUGAGAUCCUGUGUCCUAAGCUUGUUGCAAGGCCUCCAUUCAUCUUCACUAGCGCCACCCCUGUUUUGACCUCAGUGUCACCUGCUGGAGUUGGCAAAGCCCCACCGGGGGGGCCUGUGCCUCUCUCCAUUAUGAUACUCAGCAUUCUUGUAGUGCUUAUCCUUACUGUUUUUGUGGCCUUCUGCCUUUUAGUCUUUGUCCUGAGGCGGAAUAAAAAACCAGUGGGCAGACAGGAAGGUCUUGGUAAUCAAGAGUGUGGCUCCAUGUCAUUGCAACUUCGCCGACACAACCACAAAUCGGGUAAAAAAGGCUCCAUCCUGGGAGAUGACCUGGGAGGUGAGACGUUCAUCCCCCAGACUAUUGAGCACAUUGGCAAGAGCCACACCUGUGGGAUUGGGCGUUCCUCAGACAUGGAUGCCGCCUUCAAGUUUGCGGACUCACAUAGGCAGAAGAUCAUCCUUCGAAACAGUGCCGACAAGGAUAAAGACUCGCUUUCCACCCUGGAGCGCAACAAACGCCUCAGCACCAUUGACGAACUCGAGGAAUUCCUCCCCAACCGAGAGCCCAGCAUGUUCAUCCAGAACUUCCUGGACAGCAAAAGAGAUUUCAACAGUAUAGGGAUGGGCGGGUAUGAAAUACGGUAUCCGGAGAAAACACUGGAUAAAAAGAUGAAGAAGUCAUCACUGAUAGGCGGAAACCACAGUAAGAUUGUGGUGGAGCAGAGAAAAAGUGAGUAUUAUGAGCUGAAAGCCAAGCUCCAAGGAACGCCUGAUUACCUGCAGGUGCUUGAGGAGCAGACUGCACUGAGUAAAAUGUAGGGAUUGUUGUGUUUGAUUUCAUGCAUUGAUUACACACCCAUACACAAGGAAACCAGACACGCAUACAGGCAGACAGACAGCCAAACACAUCUGCCCUUCUCUGGUUCUUUCUCCCCCUUUAGCCACACACACACACACACACACACGCACAUCAUUCAUUCCAUCACUUUCUGUUCUCAAUGCUCUCACACUCUGCACAUGCACACACACACACACAAACACACACAGAACAAAAAAGUGCCUUCUGGAAACCCAUAAUGACCGAUGCAGAGAUGGACAAAAUGGCUUCACAGUACAAAGCUAAUACUAGAAUCCGCCUGGAUGUAUUUCGCAGUACAAGACCUUUUGGAUUGUCCAUUUCACUACAUGUAUGAAUCCCGCAUAUAUACCACAGGACACCCUGAAAAGCAACCAGAGAGUCAUAGUAUUUUUGCUGCUAUUGAAAUGGGUACUUUUUUGUUGUUGUUGUUGUUCUUGUUCUUUUUGUCCUCCUUUUGUUUUUCCAACCAAAUCAAAGGGUCUUGAACACAGUGCUUGAGAAUAUACCUCGCCGUCUUCAACCCUUGUUUAAAAAAAGGAGAAAAAAGAAAGGAGGGAGUGUUAGUUGUUGUUCUUUUGCUCCAGAAAGUAUCAAAAACCACUCCUUCUGGGAUGAGAUUAACAAAAUCUGUGACUCAGCGGAUGCUACUUUGCUUCUCUUUUUAUUUUAAUUUGCGGGGAUAUCUGUUUGAUCUUGGGGAAGCUCCCUGGAGUCGGCCGCAGACUCUCUGCCAUCUUGUGUGGAUUACACACCAGUAGCAGCACACCUGCUCUUUGCCGAGAGUCUAAGUGGCUCCUGCUUUCCAUUUACGGGAAUUGAAGGCACUGCAAAAUGCUUUGGGGGAAUGAGUUCAUGACUUGUUUUCUUUGUGUAAAGAGCCAUGUUAAAUAUAGUGUCUUCUGAACAAAGUUGUGUUUCUCUUCAAAAUUGCUAUUUUCAGUAACUGUAUGUUUUUGGGUGAAAUCUAAUGGCACACACACUGUCAGAGGACAUUUCUGAAAAAUGAAAAACCCAAGGAUAAAAAAAAUACAAAGCUGCUUGCUAUGUAAGCGUAACCUGGAAUUUAUUUUGUAAGUCUUAUAUUAUUUGUAUCUGUGGGACUGGUUUGUAAAUUACAAAUA